UACCCCGUUUUAUAGAGCAGAAAAGCGCGAGGAAGGGAAUGUGUGAUGAAAAUGGCAUCCCAUCUCAUAACAUGAGUAGGGAGACAGUAGUCGGAGUGGUAGCAAAAAAAAAUAAGCAUGGACUAAGUUUCGCAAUCAACACAAAGCCACACCUAUAGAGAGUGACAUAGCAGUGCCAGAAUCCAAGCAAAAGCACGGAACAAAGUAAAAGAAAAAAAAUGACGACUGGUAUAGUACGAGACCAGAACCUGGAGAAACACAUUCACAAGCAGAUGGGGUGCAUGGCUGGCUUUCUUCAGAUCUUUGACCGUCAUCAGAUACUCACUGGAAAACGCAUCUAUUCCCCCAAACGUCUACCUCCGGCCUCACCGGAACCUGACAAAGUUACUGCCUCGCCGGCUCGUUCCACGCAGUCGCCGGCUAGGGAGGUGGUCCAAUCCGAACCCAAGGCGAGUUCUCCUGUGCUCCCUGUUCUGGAAUUCAAGGAAGGCACGCGUUCCUCUUGGAAGUUCUCGCGAGAGGCUCCGAGACUGUCUCUUGACAGCAGAGCCAUGGUGGACGCAAAAGGAACUCUUCACCUUCACGCGCGAGAGAUCCCCUCGGAGAACGAUGGAGACAAGCAGCGUCGUUCCACCAGCGUCAUUGCCAAGCUUAUGGGCCUGGAGCCCCUGCCCGAUUCAGAGCCCGGACCAGGGCCCAUAGCAAAGCUGCAGAGAUCCGCUUCGGAGUCCAGAGUGUCCAGAGAUCUGUCUCUGCCUCUGCCACUGCCACAGUGUCGUUUUCUGGACACAAACAAUUUCCCAAGCGCGGUUCAGGUCACCAAUGUGGUCCUUGAGAAUAAUAAUGCUGCCAUCGAUGCCCGAUUGAGCAAUGGCAGAGCUGCAGAUCCACCCAGGCAGAGGGCCAAGAAGAGUUUCUAUGACUCGGCGGAUUUCUUCCCCGAGCCCAAACACACCGCUUCGGUGUACGGGGAGAUUGAGAGGAGGUUGCGGAUGCGAGGGAUUAACGAGCCAUCCAAGGAUCUCCACACUCUCAAACACAUCCUGGAGGCCUUGCAGCUCAAGGGGCUUUUGCAUUCCAACGGCAAAUCCAAUCAAUCUCCCAUUGUCGUUAUGAAACCUGUCCGAUCGGUGAACCGGACCGGUAGCGAUUCUCCUCCUCCUGCCCCUCUCCUCCGGUCCAGUCCUCGCCGGAACCUCCGUGUUGGGAACGAGAACAGGAGGAUUGACCAAAACGAACGAGGUUCAAUGAGUCAAAGCAACAGAGCACUAAGUUCGAGUCCAAACAGGAGAAAGCAACGAAUAGUGGAACCUCAGAGGAANAAUAAUGCUGCCAUCGAUGCCCGAUUGAGCAAUGGCAGAGCUGCAGAUCCACCCAGGCAGAGGGCCAAGAAGAGUUUCUAUGACUCGGCGGAUUUCUUCCCCGAGCCCAAACACACCGCUUCGGUGUACGGGGAGAUUGAGAGGAGGUUGCGGAUGCGAGGGAUUAACGAGCCAUCCAAGGAUCUCCACACUCUCAAACACAUCCUGGAGGCCUUGCAGCUCAAGGGGCUUUUGCAUUCCAACGGCAAAUCCAAUCAAUCUCCCAUUGUCGUUAUGAAACCUGUCCGAUCGGUGAACCGGACCGGUAGCGAUUCUCCUCCUCCUGCCCCUCUCCUCCGGUCCAGUCCUCGCCGGAACCUCCGUGUUGGGAACGAGAACAGGAGGAUUGACCAAAACGAACGAGGUUCAAUGAGUCAAAGCAACAGAGCACUAAGUUCGAGUCCAAACAGGAGAAAGCAACGAAUAGUGGAACCUCAGAGGAAAGUGUGUGUUGAUUCAAGAAGGGGGUCUGUGUCUGUCUCUCCGGUUCAUUCUCCCAAGACGAGCCCAAUAAGGAAUGCAGGCAAUCAGCAGGUGUCAUGUGGAUCGCCUAGGAUGAGAAGAAAUGUGGAGCCUAAGUUGAAAAUGCUGGGUGGGGCAGAGGAUGAAUCGUCCACAGUCUCAGAGAACAGCUUCAGCACCUCUUCAUAUCCCGAUACAGAGAGGUACAGGUUGGAAGAGUACAAAGAAGGGAAAGAUCUGCUGGAUAGGUGUGAUAAGCUGCUGAACAGCAUAGCAGAAAUAACAGCAGCCAACGAGUUGCAACCGAGUCCAGUAUCGGUUCUGGACUCGUCGUUUGACAAGGACGACUGGUGUUCACCAUCCCCUAUAACCAAACGCUGCAUUGAUUACAAAGAUCAAGCGGCGGAGUCAGAAGAUGAUAUGUGGAGUGCGGCACUGUGCAGUAGCGAGGAGGCAGCGUCGGAGGAUUGCGAUUUCGUGUACGUAUCGGAGAUUCUUCGAGCGUGCAGUUACUUGCCGGAAGAGAGCGACAUUUUUCUGUUACUGGAGAAGCAGCAAUGCCUGAAAGGAAAGGAUACCUCAAAGGCUUCGACGCUGCAGAGGCGGUUGAUCUUCGACACUCUCCAGGAGAUCCUGCAGCGGAACCAACAGUUGCCGCCGUGGAAGGCGGUGUCGUACGGCGAGCAGAGGCAGAAGAUCUGGUCGGAGUUUCGGAGGAUCCGAGAGAGGGAAGAAUCGGAAUCGGAGGACUUGUUCAAGGUUAUAUGCGGAGUGUUGAAGAAGGACAUGGCGGAGGAAAUGCGGGGGUGGGGAGAAUGGGCGGUGGAGAUGGGAGAUGUGGUGUUAGACAUUGAACGUCUGGUGUUUAAAGAUCUGGUUGGCGAAACCAUUAGAGAACUCGCUUCGUUUUCUCCUCAUUGUAACAACGACAAGCUACCCGCGCUUCGUAGGAAACUCCUCUUUUGAAUUCCAUUCACAAACAUGAAAAAAAAAAGAAAAAGCAAAGGAGUUGCACGCUUUGUUUAAAUUUUUCGCGCGCUUGCAUCUUUUUUCCUUUUGUAGCUUCGUUUUAUAUGAUUUUACUUUUACUCACUGUCAAUGACGAAAUCAGGAAUUUUAAAUCUGAAAUCUAGGCAAAUCUGACCUUGGAAUGAAUUGUUGGAUUGUUUUUUUA